UAUUCGAGGAAUGUUCGUCCGGUAAAAGCUUGCGUUCAUCUCCGCCUUCACGCUGCUCUUGUUAUGGUGCGGGAAACACCUUCCACCUGUCCGGACUCUUUCUGACAAUAAACCCCAAUUAAACCUGCAUUACCUGAGGAUAAAGAUGGAGAUACAGGCGGAGCAGGAGGAUGGAGAGCGCAGAUGGGAGCUCUGGAAGCUUCUGUAUAAUCUGAAGACGACUGUCGAAGGCCUGCUUUCCACCAAUAACCCCAAUGUGUGGUCUCGGUAUGGGGGUCUUCAACGCCUGCACAAGGACAUGAACAACAUCCUGGGCCACGGACUCAAACACGAACAGAUUUACUAUAAACAAAAGGACUACUGGCGUUUCGUCUGGUGUGUGCGGUAUCUCUGUCCUCAUCUGGCCCGUCACGUAGAGCAGUUCAGUCAGCUAGAGCCGGUGCUGAGCAGCAGCGUCCAGAGCUUCAGCGAGGGUUAUAAAGCCGAACGCUGGCUCCUGCACAGUUUACAAGCUCACGUCUUAUCAGCGCAGCUCAAACCUCUGCUGCAACACAAGAUGAACACGCAGAAGUAUUACAACGAUGGAGCGUUUCUGCUGAGCGAGCCACACGUGUCUGCAAUGUUUCAGUGUCUGGAGGCCGUGGAGCAGAAUAAUCCUCGAAUGCUGGCUCUCAUCGACACCGUCAGGCUUUCACACUUGAAGGAGUCUCCGCUGGGUCUGUUGAAGAGUCAGAGUUUGUGUCUGCUGCCUGGAGCUCCAGGAAACUGCAGGCCGGCGGACGCUUCACAGUCCCACAGGCUCACCACGUCCCAGAGCUGCCUGACAGAGAUUUCCAACAGCCCGCAGCCCAAGAGCAGCUCAGAUGUCGCUCCGUCCAGCAGUGCUCAGGGUAGAGGAAACCAGGACGCGGGAAUCUCCUUUACCGAACCUGCUCCACCUGAGAGCCGGGAUUGUGGGGACGGGGAUCUGGAUGACGGACCGGAGUAUCUGGCUAUUGGGAAUCUGGGGAAGCAGAAGCGACGGGACUCGUCCAGCUCCGUUCAUAGCAGUGAACACAUGGGGACUCGGGGCGACGCCCACACGCCGUUGGCUCCGCCUCCACAACGACGCUGCUCUUUCUCUGAGGCUCAGAAAACCACGGGGCGGAGCUCAAGAGGACACAUCCGCUCCCUGUCCGACACCGGAGUCACGCAGAAGCAGAAAAAUGAAUCUGUCGCAGCGACGCCAUGUGCGAAGAGCUGUGGUCCGUUUUCACCGCAGAGCAGCGACAGCAGCGCCAACAGUUCACUUUAUAUGGAGUCUAAUGGCCCUCAGUACACCAGCGUCCCGGACGGGUUGUUUCGCAGGCCAUCUGAGGGCCAGAGUCUGAUCAGCUACCUCUCGGAGCAGGACUUCGGCAGCUGCGCUGAUCUGGAAAAGGAGAACGCUCACUUCAGCAUCUCAGAGUCUCUGAUUGCCGCCAUCGAGCUGAUGAAGUGUAACAUGCGCCGGCCUGCGGAGGAGGCUGAAGAAGAAGGCGACAGCGACUCUGAAAUCCAGCAGCUCAAGCAGAAGAUCCGGCUGCGCAGACUGCAGAUACGACGCACGCGACUCAAACCAGCAGCCGGCUCCAGUAAUCAAGUCCCGUCUGUGGACAGUGGCGGCUCUCAGAGGAGCUCCCAGGAUUCCUUUCACCCGUCAGACUCAGGCUCUGAUAGAGAAGUGGAGGACAUCGAGCUCAGAGAUGGCAGUGAUGGUCAGUCCCUGCUGGCGGUGUCCCAGAGCGGCCUGUCGCUGUCUCUUCUUCUCAUAUUCUCAGAUGCAGAUAUUAAGCGCAGUGCGUCCAGCAGCAGAUCCUUCCUCAGCUCCGAGUCCAUCUCUCCGUCCAUGCUACAGUCCAACUCUGCCGAAUCUGUGGCAAUGGGUCUCCUCAGGCAGUUUGAGGGCAUGCAGCUGCCCGCCGCCUCUGAGCUCGACUGGCUGGUUCCAGAACACGACGCUCCUCAAAAGCUUCUUCCCAUACCCGACUCUCUUCCAAUUUCACCUGAUGAUGGCGAACAUGCAGACAUUUACAAAUUACUCCGAGUACGAGGAAAUCUGGAGUGGGCUCCUCCUCGACCGCAGAUCAUCUUCAACAUUCACCCUCCACCAAAGAGGAAAGUGGUAAUCGCGAAACAGAAAACUCACCGCUGCGCAGGCUGCGGCAUUCGCAUCGAACAAGACUACAUGAAGCGUCUGCGCUACUGCGAGUAUCUGGGCCGCUACUUCUGCCAGUGCUGUCACGAAAACGCUCAGUCGGUGAUCCCGGCCAAGAUCAUCCGCAAGUGGGACUUCAGCAAGAGCUACGUCAGCAACUUCUCCAGAGACCUGCUGGCCAAGAUCUCCGGAGACCCGCUGUUCAACCUCAGCGACAUCAACAGCGCGCUCUACAAGAAGGUCAAGGCCCUCGACACAGUGCGCGCGCUCAGAGAGCAGUUAAACCUAAUGAAGAACCUCUUGAAGACGUGUCGUCUGGCUAAAGAUGUUCUGGAUGAGUUUGACUCUCUCCUCCCGGGUCACCUGACUGAAGACCUACAGCUCUUCUCUCUCAGCGACCUGAAUGCGGUACGCAGCGGCAGUUUGACUCCACAGCUGCGACACCUGCUGCGCCUCGGCUCCACACACGUCACACACUGCAUGCUCUGCCAGGCCAAAGGCUUCAUCUGUGAGUUCUGUGGAAACGACAAGGACGUCAUCUUCCCCUACGAGCUCAACAAGUGCCUGCGCUGUGAAGACUGUCACGCCUGCUAUCAUAAGAGCUGUUUUAAGACGGGAACGCAGUGUCCUCGUGUCUCCGUCUGGCAGAGCGCAGGGAAGCGAAUGGCCCGCAGGAACAUGGAGGAGCAGGAGGACGAGGCCUGCGGGACGUAGCAGAUCACUCCUAGUAAGACUCCAGUUCACCCCUGUCCCAAAUAAGCUGCUCCAAAAGUCCUGCUGACUAAAGAGUUUAUCUGCAAACACUGAAGUUUGUGUUUUUAAGGAUCGAUGCCUUCAGAUAAUAACAGACUUGUUUGUCUUAUUACCGGUCUCCAUGUUUUUUUUUGCCUCCGUCCUUCGAAAUCCGAUUUGUUUUAAAUCAACUGUCCUGCGUCGCCAGCUUUUAUGUGUUUCGUUUUUGUCUGUCCGUUGGUCGUAUUUAUUGGUUUAAGCUGUUUUGUGCCACUUGUAAUGGAGAAAGAGAGAGACGGUGAAAGGCAGCUGAACUCACUGUUUCCAGACAGGUUUCCAGAGGUGCCGUGUUCUAACGUAUACUGUGUUGAAGAACAAAUCAACGAAAACUACAAGCGUCAUUUGUGAAAUGUGAGCAGAAUGGAUUUCUCUACUGUUAAGAAUUAAUAGAAUAUUCAGAUGAAUAUGCAACAAUGGACCUCAAUUAAGUAAACGUAAAUAAUUGUAAAUAAACAAUUUUAGUUUAGAAUUGUAUGGACGAGAAAAUGUAAAGUUGCGUACAGAACAAUUUCGCAAUAAAUUCAGUAAUUAGUAUUAUAUAUUACUCUUUUACGAAUGAGCGAAUUAUAUUUCUGCCAAUUAUUCUCGUUCUGCUCAUUCGUAAAACAUAAAAGUGUUUGGUUUCAUAAAGUUUUUCAAGCUGAAAGUUUUA